AUGACGAUCCUGCCCAAGAAGAAGCCCUGCCCGGCGGCGGGGGACGGCGACCGGGACCAGCCGGGCUCCCGAGGAGGGGUCGCGGGCGGCCCCGGGGGCCCUGGCGGCGGCCCGGACCCCCGCGGCUGCCCGGGCGCCGACUCCCACCCCCGCGGCCCCGGCGGGGGCGGCGGCGGCGGGGUGGGCCCCGGGGACGCGCACUCGGGCCGCGGCGGCGCGCGCCCCCGGGCCUCGCCGCCCCCGCCGCCGCCCCGCUGGGGGCUGCCCCCGGCCGCCGGCUCCCCGCCGCCGCCCAACCCGGGCGUCGGGGCCGGCGGCGACGGGCCGGGCCUGGGCCUGCUGGACCCCGGCGUGGUGGGCGAGGCGCGGGGCGGCGGCGGCGGCGGCUGCUGCUCCGGCCCGGGCCACAGCAAGCGGCGGCGGCGGGGGGGCCCCGGCGGCGGGCCGGCCGGCGGCGGGGGCGGCAACAGCCCCGAGCAGGACGAGGCCGGCGCCGGCUACAACAGCGAGGACGAGUACGAGACGGCGGCGGCCCGCAUCGAGAGCAUGGACCCGGCCACCGUGGAGCAGCAGGAACACAGGUUCGAGAAGGCGCUGAGAGAGAAGAAAGGGUUCAUCAUAAAACAGAUGAAGGAAGACGGGGCCUGCUUGUUCCGGGCUGUGGAUCUCAUCAGCUCACUCUUCUUCCCCGGGGUCACCAACAGACAGGGGAUAAAGAACGAGUCUCGAACGUGA